GGUUUGUACUUUCUGGUUUCUAGUUCUGUAUUUCGCUCCUCCCUGUGCCGCCUUCAGUAAGAAGUGCCGCCGUGAACCCGUGUAAUACGUUAAUUUCAUUGAUUUUCUUCAACAUUUAUUUAUGGACAUUUGGUUUUAAACUGCCAAAUCCAGAUAUGCAUUACAAAACUCAACUCUGAUAACCAAACUGAAAGUUUCAGCCGUGGCAAAGUUUUGUUGGCAAUCAUUAAGCUAAACACGUAACGUACACUCAGGUAUAACUAGGAACUACAAACACAAUUACAACAAAACAACAACAAUAACAACAACAACAACAAUAAUGACGCCAGAGAAAUCGGUCUUAGCCUAUAUCAAUCACCUCAUAGUCAGCAAUUUUUCAUAUUUCUGGGACGAAAUCGAUGGGUAUCUCUAUUAUUUUGGCGGUACAUUGGGCACGCUGACCUUGACCAGCGUUGCGGCCAGUAUUGCCUACUUUCUGGUAACGCGACCAAUACCGGACAAACCAUUAGUGCCUCUGGAAAAUCAAUCCCCAUUGCUGGAGGGUCCAGAACAAAUACACGUCUCCAAGUUCUACAAGGAGUCGAAGAAUGGUAAAUUUGUUUCCUACAUCACAGAGAAUGUGCGCACGUUGUACCAAACGUUCCGCGAAGGCGCCUACGCCUCCAACAAUGGUCCCUGCCUGGGCUGGCGCGAGACUCUCACGUCGCCCUAUCAGUGGAUUAACUAUGAUGAGGCGCUGCUGCGCGCCAAGAACUUUGGCUCCGGGAUGCUGGCAUUGGGCGCACGGCCCAAGCAGCUGAUCGGCAUCUACUCACAGAACCGGCCGGAAUGGAUAUUGUACGAGCAGGCAUGCUACUCGUUCUCGCUGGUUGUGGUGCCGCUGUACGAUACGCUCGGUCCGGAUGCCUGUGCUUUUAUCAUACGCCAAACGGAAAUGUCCAUUAUUAUUGUCGAGGACGAUGCGAAGGCGUCCAUGCUGCUGGAGAAGGCGCCGCGCAGCCUGAAGAUCAUUGUUUCCAUCAAGCCCAUUCGCCAGACGACACUGGAGCGUGCGCGCAGUCGUGGCGUCCAGAUCUUCUCCUUUAUCGAUGUGGAGAAACUCGGCGCCAAGGGCAAUCAUCCGGAGGUGCCGCCCACAUCGGAGGAUCUGUGCACGGUCUGCUAUACAUCUGGCACCACCGGCAAUCCCAAGGGCGUAAUGCUCACACAUGGCAAUGUCGUGGCCGGCGUCUGUGCGGUGAUCCUCCAAAUGGGUGAUCAUCGUAUACGGGCCGGAGAUGUGAUGAUCUCCUUUCUGCCGCUGGCGCACAUGUUCGAGCGCUGCUGCGAGAAUGGCAUAUACUAUGUGGGCGGCUGUGUCGGGUUCUACUCCGGCGACAUCAAGGAGCUGACCAACGAUCUGAAGAUGCUGAAGCCUACGGUCAUGCCGGCUGUGCCGCGCCUGCUCAAUCGGGUCUACGACAAGAUACAGAACGAUAUAUCCGCCUCGGGCCUGAAGCGCGGCCUCUUCAAUAUGGCACUCAAGGCCAAGGAGAAGGAGAUCGCCCGCGGCGUGCUGCGCCGCAAUGGCUGCUGGGACAAGCUGGUCUUCAAGAAGGUCCAUCAGGCCUUUGGCGGCAAUCUGCGCCUCAUGGUCGUCGGCUCUGCGCCGCUGGCCGGCAACGUGCUGACCUUCAUGCGCUGCGCUCUCGGCUGCCUGGUGCUGGAGGGAUACGGUCAGACGGAAUGCACGGGCGCCAUAACGCUGACCGUGCAGGGCGAUCAUGUGCCCAAUCAUGUCGGUCCGCCCGUCUCCUGCAAUGCCGUCAAGCUGGUCGAUGUGCCCGAAAUGGAGUACUUUGCCAAUCAGAACACCGGCGAGGUCUGUGUGCGCGGCUCCAACGUGUUCCACGGCUACUAUAAGGAUGCAGAGAAAACGGCCGAGGCCAUCGAUACCGAGGGCUGGCAUCACACAGGCGACGUGGGCAUGUGGCUGCCCAAUGGAACACUACGCAUCAUCGAUCGGCGCAAGCACAUCUUCAAGCUCAGCCAGGGCGAGUAUAUAGUGCCAGAGAAGAUCGAGAAUAUCUACACAUUGAGCCAAUAUGUCAACCAAGUUUAUGUCUAUGGCGAAAGCUUAAAGAGCUGCAUUAUCGCUGUUGUUGUACCUGAUGUCGAUGUCCUUAAACAGUGGGCCACGGAAAACAAUGUACGCGGCACAUUAUCCGUCCUGUGCAAUAAUAAGAAUGUGAAGGAACUGAUCAUGAACGAUAUGCUCAACUGGGGAAAGCAAAGUGGACUAAAGUCAUUCGAACAGGUCAAGGAUAUCUACAUGCAUCCCGAUCCGUUUUCUGUACAAAACGGACUCCUGACGCCCACAUUCAAGGCCAAGCGGCCGCAAUUGAAGAGCUAUUUCAAGCCCCAACUGGAAGAUAUGUAUAAACAUUUGGAUUAAAGCAAUAAACAA